AUGAGAUGCACAGACUUGACACGGCGCAACGGAUGGCUCUACCCAGAAACGGUUGAGGUACUCCGACGAGGCGCAUGGAAAAACAUCCUGUCGUUUAAGGAGGGGACAGAAACAGAACUAGAUCAACUGGAGAGUAUACUGCAAUCUGGCCAACGGAUUCACGCUCUAUUCAUUGAGCUGCCCAGUAACAUCAAACUCUCGUCGCCCAACCUGCACCGCAUUCGCGCUUUAGCUGAUGAAUAUAACUUCAUUGUCGCCUGCGACGACACCGUUGUCGGCUACAUCAACAUCGAUGCACUCCCCUAUGUAGAUCUAAUGAUGUCUAGUUUGACCAAAGCUUUCAGUGGAAAUUCCAACGUGACUGGAGGAAGCCUGGUCAUCAAUCCCAACUCCCGUCAUAUGGAGAGAAUCCAAGCUGCUCUCUUUGGUAACUACGAGAACACUUAUUUCCCUCUUGACCUUGAUACGAUCCUGCAUAAUUGCCAGGACAUUGCCUGGCGGGUGAUAAAAUGCAAUCAGAACACUUUCCCCCUAAUCAACUUAUUCGCAAAACCCCCAUCAAUUGCUCUGGUCAAUCAUCCCUCCAUCGGCCCAACCGCUCAUUUAUACAAGAGUCUCAUCCGCAAAGAAGGCGGCUAUGGGAACGUCCUCAGCGUUAUCUUCCACAACCCCAGCAGUGCAGAGCAUUUUUACAAUGUUCUAGAUAUCUGUAAGGGGUCCAGCUUUGGUACCAAUUUCACUCUGGCCAUUCCCUAUAUCCAGUUGGCCAAUUACUGGAAUCGUGACAAGGUACCUAAAUACGGUGCUCCUCAGCAUAUUAUUCGGAUAAGUGUUGGGCUGGAAGAUAGCGUAGAACUAGUCCAGACCUCUGCAGAGUAA